AAAUAUCAUUUAUAUAUUUUUUUAAAUGAUAUCAAUAUAAAAAGAAAAGAUUUCCCUGAAGGUUAUCGAUUGACCCUCCGUGUCAAUCCGAUAAUUUGUCGAUGUGCGACUGAAACUAAAGCUUGUGCUUUUUCAUGGCACGAAACAGUCGUGUUGUUCGUUCGAAGGAUCUAAACGUAUUUUUUCGCAAUGGCAGAAAAUAAUAAGAGAGUUGUUCUCGCGUAUAGUGGCGGUUUGGAUACUUCCUGUAUAUUAUCGUGGUUGAAGGAAAAUGGAUAUGAUGUUAUCGUUUACGUGGCAAAUAUCGGACAGGAAGAAGAUUUUGAUGCACUUGAGGAUAAGGCAUUAAAAAUUGGUGCUAAAAAGGUCAUUAUAGAAGAUCUUCGACGAAUUUUUGUAACGUCAUACGUAUGGCCAGCCAUUGCGUGUGGCUUGCGUUACGAAGGAAGAUAUCUUUUAGGUACUUCAAUCGCAAGACCUUGUAUUAGCGAGGGUUUAAUUCGAACUGCUAAGGCUGAGAAAGCUUCUCUCGUUGCUCACGGAGCUACUGGAAAGGGAAACGAUCAAGUAAGAUUCGAUUUGAGCUGUUACAGUCUCUGUCCUGAAAUCGAGAUACUGGCACUUUGGAGAAAGCGUGAAUUUUAUACCAGAUUUUCUGGAAGGACAGAUUUACUCGAAUAUGCUCAUAAAAAUGGAAUACCAGUCUCAGCAACACCGAAAGAACCUUGGAGUACUGAUGCUAAUUUAUUACAUAUUAGUUAUGAAUCAGGAAUAUUGGAAAAUCCAGCUAUCCCAGCACCGAUAGAAUUAUGCAAAAUGACAACAAAUUUAGAGAACUGUCCGAAUGAACCCGAAGAAAUUGAAAUUGCUUUUACUAAAGGAUAUCCUUCCUCUGUACAAAAUCUUGACAAUUGUUACGUCAUUGAUAAUCCUUUGGAAAUAAUCGAAUACUUGAAUGAGAUUGGCGGCAAACAUGGAAUAGGAAGGAUCGAUAUAGUCGAAAAUCGUUAUAUAGGUUUAAAGUCUCGUGGAAUUUACGAAGCACCGGGUAGUAAGAUUCUUUACGAGGCUCAUCAAGAUUUAGAGAUCUACGUAUUGGAUCGUGAAGUGUUGAGAAUUAAAUCUUAUCUCGCUGAGAAAAUGUCCGAUUAUGUAUACAAUGGUUUUUGGUUCUCACCAGAAUGUGAUUUUGUACGAGAGAGCAUAGAAAGAUCUCAAAAGUAUGUAACUGGCAUGGUGAGGUUGAAAUUGUGUAAAGGAAGUGUAUCGAUCCUUGGAAGAUCUAGCGAUAUCUCGUUGUAUAACGAAAAUCUGGUCUCAAUGGAUAAACAAGGAGAUUUUCAACCGGAAGAUGCUGAAGGAUUUAUUCGCACGCAAGCUAUAAGAUUAAAAGAAUUUCAUAGAUUUAAAAAACAGCAACAGAUAGCUGAAUGAUAUGAAAAAAAAAGAAAGAAAAAAAAAGAAAAAAAAAGAAAACUUAAAACAUAGAUGAUACGAAAAUCAACUAAUAAAAUAAAAUCUGUGUGUGAAUUAAUAUAUAUAUAUAUAUAUAUAUAUAUGCACACACACCGUGUAUAUGUGUUUUAGAAAUUCCUAAACACCUUUUGUAAAUUUAAUGAAAUCUUUAAUGGAGAUAUAAACAAAAAAUAUCUAUAUAUUAAUUAUAUACAAAUUUAUAUAAAGAAAUAGAGAAGACAUUUGUCUUCUUACAUCUAUUUACAUCUUACACGCGGAUCUCGAGCGAACAUAAAAUAUAGAGAUGGAGAAAGGAUGGAAUAUAUAUACAAAAAACACACUAUGACAAGUUUUUACUUUCAAUGAAUUAUUAAUAAUUAAACCUUGGGAUAAUUAGCAUAUUUGUGAAGAUUAUAAUAAUAUAUAAUGUAUAUUGCCUUAUCGCGGUAUUAAUAUAUAGUAUACAUAAUAAUAUAAACUUUUAUAUCGCAUCAUCUUA